AUGUCUCCCUCCAACGCUAUUGUUGUCUACGACAUCCCUGGGAAUUGUUCUGAAGACCGAGUUUGGUCGCCAAACACAAUCAAGAUACGAUAUGUAUUGAACCACAAGAAACUGCCCUAUCGCGUCGAAUGGGUCGAAUUCCCAGACUUCGCUGCCGUCGCGCAGAAGCUCGGGGCGCCUCCCACAGGAAGGGGACGGAAAGGUCCGACGUUCAGUAUCCCAUUCAUCUACGACCCUGCGACCAGCAAAUACGUUUCCAACACCAUCGACAUCGCCCGGUAUCUCGAUGCGGCCUACCCGAACACACCUCCCGUCUUUCCCGCCGGCUCGGAGUCUCUCAUCGCAGCCUUUGAUGAUCUUUGGCACGAGAAGGGCGUCCCGCCUAUGUUCCCUCUCAUGGUCCCGUUCGUUCACAGCCAGCUCAAUCCCGCAAGCCAACCGUACUUCAGGAAGACUCGGGAGGCCUUCAUGAAAAAGCCGCUCGAGGAGCUCUGCACACCUGACAACGAGCCAGCGCUUCUGGCUGCAUUCGAGAAGGCGCUUGGGCGCUUCGACGCGUACAUGGGCGACCAUUCCCCAUUUGUAAUGGGCAAAAACAUAACCUACGCUGAUGCCUCGAUGGCGGGAUGGUUGACAUGGAUGAAACGGGUCCGAGGCCCUGAGUCUCGAGCGUGGAAGGCUGUUGAGAGCUGGCAGGGUGGAAGGUGGAAGCGGCUCAUGGAGGCCUUCGCAGCUCUGGAGCAUUUUCCCGAGGGAGGGAUCGUUGCGAAGCUUUAG